AUGGUGCCUUUUCUCAAAGGACAUCAACUCUUUCAUCAUGUGGACGGCUCAAGUCUCAUACCUUCUCCCAUGAUUGAUGGAGCCGAAAACCCAGAAUAUGCAAAAUGGGUGUUGGUCGACCAGCUGAUUCUCUCUGCUUUAAAUUCAUCACUUUCCGAGCAAGUCCUUACGCAAGUGCUGGAUUGCUUCACAUCACAUGUCGUUUGGUCUCUCCUUGAGAGCUUGUUUGCUGCACAAUCUAGUGCUCAUAUAAUGCAAACACAAUAUCAACUGGCCACUCUAAAAAAAGGCUCCGAAUCCAUUACGGAUUAUUUUCACAGAGCUAAAGCAUUGGCUGCUUCUAUGGGAGCUGCUGGACAACCCCUCUCAGACUCUAAGUUUUCUGUGUUUUUACUUGCUGGUCUUGGCACAGAUUAUGACUCCUUUGUGACUUCUCUUACAACUAGAGCUGACCCUCUCUCCCCUCAUCAAAUAUACAGCUUUCUCCUCAACCAUGAGUCCCGUCUAGCACACCAAACUCAUACUCUCCUAAGUGCCAAUCCGCUCAUUGACCAGCUCACUACCACUAAGCAUUCUGCUCAUUUUUCAGCAUCUUACCAACAAAACAAUAGGGGCCGAGGCAAUAGGAAUUUUAGGGGCCGACGUGGUUCAGGAAGAGGAGCUUCUCACUCUUUCUCCAACAAGUGUGUCAAGUUUGCAAUAAACCUGGACACUCGGCUCUAG